AUGGCGACGGAAGUAGCGCCUCGGUUCCCUUUCCAGCGAGCGUCCGCACUUGAACCUCCGGCAGAAUAUGCCCUGCUCAGGGCUCGCGAGCCUGUAUCCCGUGUCACACUCUUUGAUGGCAGUCAAGCAUGGCUUGCCGUGAAGUACGAGGACGUUUGUAAGAUUUCAACUGACACAAGGCUCUCUAAGGAACGAACGCGGCCUGGAUUUCCUGAGCUAAGCGCCGGUGGAAAAGCCGCCGCCAAAAACAAACCAACCUUUGUAGAUAUGGACAGCCCUGCUCAUAUGAAUCAGCGAGGAAUGGUAGAGCCAUUUUUCGUCAAAGAGAAGAUUGAAGCCAUGAAGCCCUAUAUCCAGAGAACCAUUGACGGCCUGCUUGAUAGCAUGAUUGCCAAGGGAUGUGCCGAACCAGUCGAUCUAGUCGAGAACUUUGCCCUACCAGUUCCUUCAUACAUCAUUUACACCAUUCUGGGGGUCCCCUUCGCAGAUCUCGAGUACCUCACAGCGCAGAAUGCGAUUCGGAGCAACGGCAGCGCAACAGCACAAGAAGCUUCGCUCGCGAAUCAGGAACUUCUAGAUUACCUCGCAAAACUAGUCGACCAGCGCUUGGAAGCACCACAGAACGAUUUAGUCAGCAAGCUUGUGGUUGAGCAGCUUCGUAACGGCCAUAUUGAAAAGUCUGAUGCGGUGCAAAUUGCGUUCCUGCUCUUGGUUGCAGGAAAUGCAACUAUGGUGAACAUGAUCAAUCUGGUAGGUUUAUUGUUCGAGCCAUUGACCUCGGCCGCUGACGUGUUGGACCAGGGCGUCGUGGUGUUGAGGCAACACCCCGAACAUUAUGAAGCGCUGAAAGCAGAUCCGUCCUUAGUUCCGGGAUUCGUCCAAGAGCUGUGUCGCUAUCAUACUGGCUCGUCGCUUGCGAUGAAGAGAGUCGCUAAGGUGGAUGUUGAAAUUGGAGGAAAGACAAUCCGAGCUGGCGAGGGAAUCAUUGCAGCGAAUGCGUCGGCAAAUAGGGACGAAAGUAUUUUCCCCAAUCCAGAUGAAUUUGAUAUACAUCGUGAUUUCGCUGGUCAUGAUGCGUUGGGCUUCGGCUUCGGCCCGCACCGCUGCAUUGCUGAACAUUUGGCUAUUAUCGAGCUCGAGCUCGUCUUUACUACGUUACUUCGGAGACUACCAAACCUCAAGGUUUCAAUCCCCACUGAAGAGCUGGAGUGCAGCCCUCGGCAUAAAGAUGUAGGCAUCUUGAAACUACCGGUCAUAUGGUAA